AAGAGACACGGGAGGGGCGGGGAUAGAACGCAGUCCGUGUCAAUAAAUUUUAGCGCUCUCCGCUGUCGCUCGCAUUCCGUCGUUGGAUUCUUACGAUCACCGUGGAUUCAUUGAGCCUAGUGUGCCGGGUCAGGCGCCCAGACUGACUAAAGGGAGGAAACUCCUGGGAAGCGAAUGAAGAAACACGUCUUACUACUAUUCACGUACAGGGGAUUAGUCAGAAAAGGAAAAAAGAGCAAGAGACGAAAAUGGCCAAUUAUAUCAUUAGAUCGGCCAUUCCCAGUGAUUGUAAGGACAUCUUGCGGCUUAUAAAGGAACUUGCUAAAUAUGAAGAAAUGGAGAACCAAGUAGUGCUAACGGAGAAAGAUCUGCUUGAAGAUGGAUUUGGCGAACACCCAUUCUAUCACUGUCUUGUUGCUGAAGUGCCAAAGGAGAACAAAACUGUUGAUGGGUUCACAAUUGUUGGUUUUGCAAUGUACUACUUCACGUAUGACCCAUGGAUUGGAAAACUGCUUUAUCUUGAAGACUUCUAUGUGAUGAAUGAGUUCAGAGGGUCUGGCAUCGGAUCAGAGAUAUUCAAGCAUCUGAGUCAGAUUGCUGUGAAGUGUCGUUGCAGCAGCAUGCACUUCCUGGUUGCAGAGUGGAAUGAACCAUCCAUCAAAUUCUACAAGAGACGUGGAGCAUCUGAUCUGUCUACCGAAGAGGGAUGGCGCCUGUUCAAAAUUGAUAAAGAGUACUUGUGUAAAAUGGCAUCUGAAGAAUGAAGAUAGACUCCCUCUCCAGAGCAGCAGAUUAUUGACUAAAAUAAAAGCUUUCAUCUCUUGCUUGCUUAAUGAUUCCAUAGUGUAUCGGCAUGUUAACGUUUAGACAGUGGCUUCUUCGCAUGAUCUUUCUUUCCAUAACUAAAGUAUUUUUUUUUUGGCUCAAGGCUGUUGUGAAAUAGAUAUUAAUUUCAAGUUCCUUUCAUCCAUAAGAUGUGUGGGCAUAUAUAACUUCAUUCUUGAAAGUAAUUUGUGUACAGUGUACACACACGUGUGUAGGGUUUUUGUAUAGUGAGCUUGUUUUUACAAAUUAAAGAACAGUGUUCUGCUAAA